AAAGAAGGCAGAGGACACUAGUUGGGAAGAUCCCUGUGAACAUCUGUGCAUUGCAGCAGAAGACUUUAAUUCACCUCUGUCAGGAGGUAAAGUCCUCAAGGAAUCCAGAAACAAUGAUUUCUUUCCAGAGACAGCAGAAAAGUUCAAGACAGCACCACGUGGAGCACCUAGCUAAAAGCCUGACGGAUACAUAUGCAGCGCUGCUGUGUCAUCAGUCCUUGAUCCUGGCCAUUAACUCCAGCUACACAGUGCACUUUGUCUCUAAGCUAGAGAAGCAGAUGAGCCAUGGCAUAUGGUAUUGGGCUUUAUAUAAAAAUACUAUAAGUCUCUUUGAGGAUACUCUUCUGAUCUUAGUGUCUAAGGACCUCUACAAACUACAGAUCUUAAAGGAAAUGACUAUAUGGAUGAGUAAAGAUAACUCGUACCUGCAAGAGAGAGUACUGGUGAUUAUCUGCAAGGUGUUAAGAUUUGCAUCCAGGAAAGUGAGAGACUAUACAAGUAUUGACGCUCCAUGUUUAGGCGUCCUGGCAGCAGAGCUGUCUCUUCUAUACUCCCACACUGAUCUCUCAAUCGUACAGCAAGCGUCCCUGGCAGUCUAUUACCUCCUCUGCACUGCAAAACGUCAGCUGGCACAGCAGACUUCCAACAAACAGAAAGCAACAAUGCAGUAUUCAUGUGGAAAUUCCUGUGCCCUGGCUUCUGAUUCUGAAUUCCAACCUGGGAUCUUGAAACAAGAUAAAACUAAACUUGCUCAGAGUAUAGGACAAAAUUUAUUACCCUCCUUGCUGACUGACUUUGUGUUGUAUCUCCUGACGAAACUCUCAACAUCUGACCAACAAACUACAACCAAAGCAGCCUCCAUCCUGAAACUGACGCUGAAAUACCAUGCCCAGAAGGUCACCAGGGUGUCUCAGAUGGUGGACACUAUUUAUAAGCAAUUGAAUGAAAAUCCUUCUUACUUUAUAAAGGAUGUCUUGCUGGAGGUUGUCACCUUGUUGACACAAACAUCGCCCAAAAGCGUCGUCUUUCAGCUCUUGGAAUACCCAGUCCCAGCAGACAAGGCUGUGAUGCUGAUGUGGCAGGCAGUGGGCACCAAGCCACAAGCUGCCUCUCAAGUGCUGAAGGUGAUCCUCUUGGUGUUGAAGGACAAGCCUUGUGAAGUGGAGGACAACCUGCAGGAAGAGAAAUGCUUCAUUCUGGAUACCAGCAACAUGAUGCCUCUGGCGGCAUCCCAGGCCCUGUGUCUGCUUUUGCCUAUAAAUUCCUACAAGAAAACAGUGGCCCAGUUUUUUGCGGAGCUCUUCAUGGCCCUCAUGUUUCAACUACUCUACAUCAGUCAGCUGAGAGUGCAGCCAAAGAACAGGCUCCUCUAUGCCCGGGACGCACUGAGAAUUCUGCUAAACUGUUCUGGGCUGCAGCAGGUGGAUAUGAGCCUAAGUGAAAGGUUUUGCUGGAGUCAUAUUUACCAAGGAUACUAUUACCACGAUGGCGUCAACCUCAUUGCCAGAACGCUCUGUGACUACGACUUCCCACAGUUUCCAGAAACCCUAUAUUAUCUCCACAAGAUCUUGGUGCAAGGCCCGAGGAGGUCAGAAGAGCAUUUCAUCAUAGUAACAUUCUUCAUCAGAAUUCUAGAUAAAUUCUGCACAGACCCACUCCCAGAAUUAUUUUUGGUUUUCUUCAGAAAGUGGAUCAGUGAUUCCAAUCCUGAAAUUAGCAAAUUAAGCCUUCAGAAAAUCUCCCACAUGGCCCCAGUUGUCAACAAGACAGAAAAUGUCUACAGCUUACUGACAUCCAUCCUGGAUGCCUUCGCCUCCAAAGAUGAUACUGUUGUGAUUCAGGCGUUGAUCACCCUCCGAAGACUUGUGGAGAACCUGGACAAGGUGACCUACUCCUCCCUGUGUACUAAAAUUGCUUCCAGCUACUUCCGUCUGAUGGAUCACCAUUAUGGAACUAUUCGGAGCUUGGCUAUCAGGCACUUCGCAGAGUUACUGAGAGACAUGAGCCAAGAAGCAUCCACUUUGAAGAAUAUGCUUGGAGGCUUUGCGCCCCUCAUCCUCUGUCUGGAGGACAAGGACACUAGGGUAGUGAGUGCCUGUAAAUACACAUUAACAAUCUGUGACUCCCAACUGGAAUGGCCAAUAUCAAAUUUGCUUAAAGAUGAAAGUUAUAAUUUUGAACUGGUAGUUAUCCACGUCUGUAACUAUCUUAUCGUUUCUCAUGAGAGUUGUGUUACAUAUUUGAUUUGUGAUGCCUUAAAGUUCCUGGGGAAUAUCCAAGUGCAUCUGAGGAGAGCAGCAGUUAUUUUACUAGGUUAUUUGGCACAACUGGGUGGACAUUUAUUAUACAAAGAUGAAAUUGCAGUUAUGGCUGAAGCUGUUGAACGGAUGUUCCAGGAAGAUGACCCUGAAAUCCAUAAUUUGGCAGAAAUAACCCACAAUCUUUUAAAGAAAAUAGCCAAUAGAUCAAGAUCCGCAACUAUCAAACAUGCUAUCCAGAGAUUCUUUAAGUUCUCCUACUCCAAGGAACUAAAACUUCUUUAUAACUGGAAAAGUACCACAGAGAAAGACCUAAAAGAAAUAGUGGAUCAGGAGACAUUCCAGCUGCCCCAGGACCCUCCACCUUCUGACUUCUGAACCAGGCUCCAGGGUCAGCUGAAGAUGAUAAGCUGCA